AGUUGCCCUGGUGAGGACGAAGCGCCAUAGCCACGGUAGCCCUGGCGACAAAAACCCAGCAACGAGAAUCAACAACAACAACAACUGAAUCCGCCAUAAAAAUAAAAGAAGACAAUUUACCGGUGGGAAAUACACACGUGGAUACAGAGGGUGAUUCCCAGCUCCUGCAAUGGCCACCUCAGGCUACGUAGGUGAGAUCCAGCCAGCAGCCCAACCCCAGGGGGCCGUAGUCACCAUCACAUCGGGGCAACCUGACGCCAGUUCUACCCCUGCAACAUCCCCGCAGUUUCUGGCUGAGAUUCAGACCGCUGUGGCCGCUCCCACUGUUCUCACACAAACGGGCCAAACUACUCCCCCUGAUCAAGCCCUCUCCAUCAGCUCUCCGGAGCCUGCAGAUGGUUCCCAAGCCCAGUCCAACGCUCAAGCCCAGCCUCCUCAGACACAAUACGUGACCGCAGAGAUCCAGGGCUCCCCCUCACAGUCUGGAAAUGCUCAAAGCACCCCUCAGUACAUUGUUGUUACAGUCACAGAGGGCUCCCUUCACUCCUGUGACAGCGUGUCGGACUCUAGCCCCCCCCCAGCUGUGGUGCAAACAGGAGUUCCCACGCAGGUUGUUCAACAGGUUCAGUCAGCCCAACAGAGAUCUGUGGUGCAGGCUACUUCUCAGAUAGCCAAGACUGAGCCUGGUACACAGCUCAGUGUCACCAGCCUGCAACCUGUUCAUAUCGGCCAGGAGGUUCAGCAGCAGCUCACACCAGUGCCCGUGCAACAUGUGUACGCCAAUCAAGUGCAGUAUGUGGAAGGAGAAGAGACCAACUACACAACAAGCACUAUCCGGUCGAGCGCCUUUCCCUACACUGACACGCCGCUGUACACCCAGACCACAGCUGCCCAGUAUUAUGACAGUCAGACAGCUUCUGUCUCACAGGCCUCCCCUGGCACACCUUUAACCGUCUCUGUGACUGCUGGCACAACAGGGGGGGUGUCCAUGUUUGUUGCCCAGCCCACCAGUGCAGCAGGGGGAGGGGCCACAGUGGUGACCACAGGUGGCACCACCAAUGGGGCAGGGGAUGGGGCAGGAACCAACGGUGGCGCAGCAGGCAGCUAUGUGAUCCAGGGGGGGUACAUGCUGGGCAGCAGCAGCACAGGGACAGCUGGCAACAGUCAGAGCUACUCUCACACCGCCCGCACCUCUCCAGCCACUGUGAGUAUUACAGAGGGCGAGGAGGGUAGCGUGCCGUCGGCAGACAAGAAGGUACAGUGGUUGCUGGACAACUAUGAGACAGCUGAAGGAGUGAGUCUGCCACGAUCCACGCUCUACUGCCACUAUCUGCUGCACUGCCAGGAGCAGAAACUGGAGCCUGUCAAUGCUGCCUCCUUCGGGAAACUCAUUAGAUCUGUGUUCAUGGGGCUGCGCACACGACGCCUCGGCACACGGGGUAAUUCUAAAUACCACUACUAUGGGCUGAGGAUCAAGGCAGGCUCUUCUCUUCUUCGUCUGAUGGAAGAUCAGCAACAUCUGGCCAUGAGGCAGCAGCCAUUCUCACAGAAACAAAGGUUGAAGCCUGUGCAUAAAGUCGAGGGAAUGACUAACGGCGCGGCAGCAGGAGCCGGUCAGCAGCAGCAGCAGCAGGGGGCCGGCCAGGUGGACAUCAGCACCCAGGUCCAGCAGUACCAGCAGUUCCUAGAUGCAUCCCGAGCCCUCCCAGAGUUCCCAGACAUCGACCUGCAGGGGAAGUCUCUGCCUGAGGGAAUCGAGCUGGAGCACAUCAAGAGCUUUCAGCUGCUGUACAGAGAGCACUGUGAGGCUAUUCUUGAUGUGAUGGUCAACUUGCAGUUCACUCUGGUGGAAACUCUGUGGAAAACCUUCUGGAGGUUCAGCCAGAGUCAGGCGGGAGACGCCACGUUGGCUGUUCAUGACGAGUCUGAGAAGCGGCUGCCUAAGUCCUGCCUGGUGGUGCUGUGUAAGUACGACCCGGUGCUGCGCUGGAGCCGGGACUGUGACAACAGCCUGUACCAGGCCCUGGUGGAGAUCCUCAUCCCCGACGUCCUCAGGCCCAUUCCCAGUGCCUUAACUCAAGCCAUCCGCAACUUUGCCAAGAGCCUGGAGAGCUGGCUGACCAACGCCAUGAUGAACAUCCCAGAAGAAAUGGUCCGUAUCAAGGUGACCUCAGCCAAUGCGUUUGCCCAGACGCUGCGUCGCUACACCAGUCUGAACCACCUGGCCCAGGCGGCCCGCGCCGUGCUGCAGAACACGGCCCAGAUCAACCAGAUGCUCUCCGACCUCAACCGCGUGGACUUUGCUAACGUCCAGGAGCAGGCUUCCUGGGUGUGCCGGUGUGAGGACCGCGUGGUGCAGCGGCUGGAGCAGGACUUCAAGCUGACCCUGCAGCAGCAGAACUCCCUGGAGCAGUGGGCAGCGUGGCUGGACGGGGUGGUCUCCCAGGUCCUGAAGCCCUACCAGCAGAGCCCCGCCUUCCCCAAAGCCGCCAAGCUCUUCCUGCUCAAGUGGUCCUUUUACAGCUCCAUGGUGAUCAGAGAUCUGACCCUGAGGAGCGCAGCCAGUUUCGGCUCCUUUCACCUGAUCCGCCUGCUGUACGAUGAGUACAUGUACUACCUGAUAGAGCACAGAGUGGCCCAGGCUAAAGGAGAGACCCCCAUCGCUGUCAUGGGAGAGUUUGCCAGUUUAGGCCGGGGGCUCAACCAGCUGGAUCCUGACAAAGAAGAGGAAGAGGAAGAGGAGGAGGAGAGUGAUGAUGAAGGUCAGGAGCUGUCACUUCCUUCAGACGGGGGGGUGCUAGGAGACGAGUCUCUGGAGCCGCCUGCCAAGCUGGCCCGAAUGGACCAGAGAGUCCUGUUCAGCACCGGAUCAGCUGACGACUGAGCACACAGUCACACAACUAGCUGGGGCCGAUCGUAGUGAAUAUGCACACACACUCACACACACACACACACACACACACACACUAGCACACACACACACACAGUAGCACACACAGAUGUACAAAAACCACUAAUUUAUACACUCCACACAUGUAUAUAGAUCUUGUAAAUGUGUGUGUGCGCACUUCUGCUGCAUUCUGUAAAUGGUUACGCACACACACAAUCAAAACAUUCAGUACUGCUGUUGCCUGAAUGGCAGAACCACCUGUUGGCACCAUUGACCCGAUUCACAAUCGUUGGCACCGCAAUAGGACGUGUCUUCAAAACCCAUAGAGCCAAUGUGAUGAAAUAAAAAGACCCUCAAAGUCACUCUCUCAAAAAAAAUCUCCAAAUAAUGACUUGGUAUCUCAGAAUAAUAAGAUAAAAAAUAUAUAAGAACAAGAAACCUUCUCUGACGUUUCUUACUAUUAGAGAUAGUAUGACAUGGUAUUGCGAUACCAUUUGUUGUGUUUAGCGAUAGUAUGUCAUUAUGGUGAAAUACUUAAUUAUUAUACUGAGAUACUAUCUCAACCAAGUCAUUUUUUAAAUAUACUUUGUCAUUGUUUUUCAGGUAGUAAGUAUUAUUUUGAGGAAGUUUCUGAUAAUGAGGAUAUAUUUUUUUGUUAUCACAUUGACAUGAAUGGGCUUCCAUAGGCAGCAACACAGAGCAUGUGUUAACCCUCAGUUGUAUUGACCUGUAAAACUGCCAGGCAUGUUUUUUUCCAUUCUCUGUCAUUGCAUUACAACCUGUAGCCUCGCUGUCUCCUAACUCAAAACAUCCGCUCACCUCCUGAAACUGUCACUGCCGUAUCAAAGUAGUCAUGGAAAUACUGUGAUGUGUGUGUGCGUGUGUAAAGGUAAUCUCUACAGGAGGAGGGUGCAAAACCGACCUUAAACAGUGAACGAUUGCUACAUUUAGUUCGUAAAAAGGGACAUCAGUGAGAGACAGCGGGAGGUUGGGAUAUUUGUUUGAUGUGUUUAUUUCUGUUGGAGCACUGAGGGUCACACUGCUCUGCUGUUGCUUCUGGAGGCUGACUGAACAUGCUUUUCUAUGAUGGUGUGUGUCUGGUUGUGAGUCAUGCCAAUUGUUGACUGUUUCCUCUGUAUAUAUAUAUAUUUUUUAAGGUGUUCAUUUGGGAGAAUAGUACCUGUUUUAUUUAAUUUGCCUGUAAAGAAAAAAAACCUUCUUGGAGUGCCUGUCGCAGCUGCUACUCACACUUGUAUAGAAACAUCUACGGCUGUGGAAUCGGGGCUCCCAUUAGUUGCUGCAAAAAAAUCCUCUCUCUUUUAUUGAACAUGUGGCUCCAUGAGUAGAGGUACUGUAUGUAUGUGUCAUAUUUAUAUGUUUUAAGUACUUCAUUCCUUUUCAUCCAAUAAGUUCCUCUAUGGCCUCAUUUUCCAUUGACUUAUAAUUCUGCUGCCUUAUUUCUCUUUUCCAUGUGUGCCAAACCUUUGCUUUGUUCCCAUUGUUUUAAAAUGAUCCAUCUUUGUUUUAAGGGGGACUGUGCCUGAGUAAGAACGCUGAUAUAUUCUAAUAUUCUGAUGUAUAUUUAUUCACUAUUUUGAAUUUUGUUGUCACUAAGUGAACCUCUUGUGCAGUGUAUGGUGCUGUGAUGUCACACAUUGUAAGCAACCUUUGUGUGCUUUCUUAAUUUGUGAUUGUAAAUUUAGUUAUUAAUCCUCUAUCAUAUCUGAUGGCUUUUCCACAAACAGGCUAAGGCCCUGCCUCUUUGCACAUAUCGACUAUUGUCUUGAAAACUCAGACAGAGUUAUCUGAAAUGUUUUCCCCUUUCUUUGAAGUCUUAAGUGUUUUUCUUUAAUGGUGGGGUGAAGGUGUCAGAUGUCGUACGAACAUCUCGUACCACUCUGUGGUGAGAGGUGAGAUCUGCUUUCUGCACAGUCCUCCACCGACACUCAUCUCCCUCCACUGUGCUUUCAUCUCGCUGCAUUUCCGCCCUCCUGCCAAUGGCUUUGUUUUGCUUCAAACAUCCAUAUUCUUAAACACUGUUCGUCAUGAUUGGUUGUCGUAAACAUGUCAUUUUUGGAUUUAUGAAUACAAUGUCUUUAAAUAGCUGCGAUGUUCAUGUUUUCAACAAGCAUCGCCAGCCUCAAACCAGCACAUCAAUCUUUAUAUACGAGUCUAACGUUACCACAGCUGAGUACAUAUCAUCUACAGCAAAUAGAAUGGCCAUUGUUUAGUAAGACAAAUGUUCAGUCAUUUUUAUAGUGCAUUGUUUCUUAUGUACAAAACAAUUGAGAAAAAAAGAUGUUCAGUGGCAGUGUUUUAUGAAUUUGGUCUGCUAUAAGUAUGACUGUGCCUUUGGAGGUGGUAGAAUGCAAUUCAGAUGUUUUAAUUUUAAAGAUAUAAAUUAAAGAAUUUUUAAAAUUG